GAGCUCCCUAGGCUGCCCCUAGAGAGAAGUGCUCCUAAGGAAACAGAGUAGGGGGUCUCCCUAGGCAAUAAGCUUAGGAAGGGACUGCCAAGGCUGCAAGGAGCUGUGCCCUGCCUGGAACUGAGCUGCAGUUGGCAGGAAGGCCCUGACUCUAGGUUGCUCGGCAUGUGAACCAGAAGAACGGUUAUUUCAAAAACUUUUCUCCCAUUACAACCACUUCAUCAGACCGGUGGAAAAUGUAUCUGAUCCUGUGACAGUACAUUUUGAAGUGGCAAUUACACAGCUUGCAAAUGUGGAUGAAGUCAAUCAGAUUAUGGAAACCAACCUGUGGCUGCGACACAUUUGGAAUGACUAUAAAUUGCGAUGGGAUCCAAUGGAAUAUGGUGGAAUUGAAUUUGUCCGGGUGCCAGCAGAUAAAAUUUGGAAACCUGAUAUCGUCUUGUAUAACAAUGCUGUUGGGGAUUUUCAAGUAGAAAGCAAGACCAAAGCUCUUCUUAAAUAUGAUGGGGUGAUCACUUGGACUCCACCUGCUAUUUUUAAAAGCUCCUGUCCUAUGGAUAUCACAUUUUUCCCCUUUGAUCACCAGAAUUGUUCACUGAAGUUUGGCUCCUGGACAUAUGACAAAGCCAAAAUUGACCUCCUGAUUAUUGGAUCCAAAGUGGAUAUGAAUGACCUUUGGGAAAACAGUGAAUGGGAAAUAGUUGAUGCUUCUGGCUAUAAACACGAUAUAAAAUAUAAUUGUUGUGAAGAGAUCUAUACAGAUAUAACAUACUCCUUUUAUAUCCGAAGGCUACCCAUGUUUUACACCAUUAAUCUGAUCAUUCCCUGUCUCUUCAUUUCAUUCCUAACUCUGUUAGUCUUUUACCUUCCCUCUGACUGUGGGGAGAAGGUGACCCUCUGCAUCUCAGUGCUACUUUCUCUGACUGUAUUUUUGUUGGUGAUCACAGAGACAAUCCCAUCAACCUCUCUGGUAAUUCCACUGGUUGGUGAAUACCUGCUCUUCACCAUGAUAUUUGUGACCCUAUCAAUUGUCAUCACAGUGUUUGUGCUGAACAUCCAUUACAGGACUCCAACCACACACACCAUGCCCAAAUGGGUAAAAAGCGUCUUUCUCAAGCUCCUGCCUAAAGUCCUGAUGAUGACAAGACCUCUAGACCCACAGAAGGAAGCCAGCUCUAAAAAGAGUAAAAAAGGGCUUGCCACUAAAUCUGGCAAAAUGAAGCAAUAUGGAGACGUUAAAUUAUACAAGGAGCGGAGAUGCUGCCACUGUGACAAGGUGAACGAACUUGCUACCGGCAAAAGAAGAUUGAGCCCUCAGCCCAUGGAAUGGGGGAUGGAGCACGUCGAGUACUCCGCUGAAGUCAGCGAGGUAAUCAGCAGUGUUCAGUUCAUCGCUGAAAAUAUGAGGAGCCAAAACGAAACUAAAGAGGUGGAGGAUGACUGGAAAUACGUGGCUAUGGUGAUAGACAGGGUGUUCCUUUGGGUGUUCAUCGUUCUCUGUGUGUUUGGAACAGGAGGGUUAUUUCUGCAACCACUGAUAGCAGACACAUAAUCCCAAGAAUGCUGGUUGGUUUUUGUUUUGUCCGAUUCCCUACUUUUUUGGAGAUCCACCCAUCUCCUCCACUUUCUCUUGUUACACUCAGCUCAUCCUCCAAGGGUCCGUCUGCAAGGGGCUGCUGUUAAGGUGAUGUUCCCUCUGGCUAAGAGGUCAGGGUUUGGCUUCCCCUUCCAACUGUCAAAGGGAGAGAGUAGGCAUUUCAUCCUGCAGUCAGUUUCAGACUGUCGCAUAUCAUCGUCGAGUGCCCACUGACUGACUUCAACGGCGGGCUGCCAGCUCUCCACCUGGCUGAUGACACCAUUCAAUGCCUGGGCAUGUUGCACAUAUGCUGAUGAUCCCUUUGGGGACCUCUGUGGCAAUUCCUGCUCCCCUAGGGAGAGAUUUUCAAAAGCCCCCAGUGUCGGCCUAACUUUGCUCCAACAGAAGCAGAGCUACGCUAGUGGGAAUUUUACCAUUGCCUCCAUUGAAGUCAGAGUUAGGCCAGCGUUGGACCCUUGGAAAAUCCCCUGCCUAAUGUAUUCUAGAUCUCUUGCUUCUGCUCACAAGCGCACCCUAAACAUUGUAUGUGUUUAUUUUGCUGUCUUUAUAUCCACUUAGUACUCUUCACUACAGCACUCGGAUUACGCACGACAAUCCAGCUGAAUGUGUUGAUGUUUUGUUGUAUUCUUACAGUGAAGCCAUCAAUAUGAAUAAAAGUACUAUAAAAACCAAAAUAUGACCGGAGUGGUCAACAGGCGGACCAUGGGCCAAAUCCAACCCGCCAGAUGCUUUUGAAUGGA